AUGGAAUGGUUACUUUCUCCGAAAUCAUUAAGCCCCAAAAUUCAUCCACGAUCGGCUGGAAGCCACUCAAGGAAUCAAUCACUUUCAACUGUUCAUAGCUAUUCUUCAUUCAAUUCCUCAAUGCCUAAGAAGCUAAAAUAUUUGUCAAAACUCAAAGGAAGGAACUCGAAUCCUAAUUUAAAUUUAUCACCAGAACUAGCAUCACAAGUAAUUAAACUUUAUUUUUUGCCAAUGUUCCAAGAUGAAUUUAGAGACAUUCAGACUAAGUUAAGGGCUACUACCUAUGGAGUCUCAAAAUCAGGAGAAAUCUUUAAAAAUUCUCUCAGUUCUAUUUUAAAAGGAGAGUUAGAGCUCGUAUAUCAUGAAAUACAAAUCCUUUUAUCAAGACUAGACCAAACAAACACAAGAAAAGAUGAAGCUGCACAAGAGCUUAUAGAAACACAACAAAAAUUGUGAAAGGCACAACUUGAAUUAAACUGUAUGAAUUUCCAAUUAAAUGCUGAAGAAAGCAAUAGAAAACAGAUUGAAAUUCAAGGGCUGCAUUUGAAUAGAGAAAUAAAUGAGCAAAUUAAUAGUUUAAAAGAAAUUGAAGGGAAAAAAUGUGAGUUAACUAGAGAACUUUAUAAAGAAAUUUCAUUUAAUGAGAUGUUAAAACAAAAUGCAAUAGAAUUAACACAUGGGUAUGCGAUAUAUAAAAUGAAAAAUGAUAUUAUGGGCGAGAGCUUAAAAGGAUUGCAUCAGUCCUGUAAAAGUGUCGUUUUUCCGACUGAUCUUGAAGAAAUAUUAAAAAAUGAAAUAAAAAAUUCGAGCAGAUAUUAUAUAUUAAUUGAAUUGAUUUUAAUAUAUAAUCAUUUUUAUACGAAAAUAAUUUUAGAGGUUGGUGUAUAAUUAGCCUAAAACGGAAUACACAUACAGGAUCAGUCAAAUAUCAGAUCAAUACACAAAUGAUCUUAAGGAAGUAUUAAAAGAAAAUGAUGAGCAUUUUAAAUACAAUGGAAUCAAUGCAAAGAAGAGAAUCUCACUAAGAUCAGAGCUAAAACAGCUUAAAAACUCAAUAAAAACCAAACUUGAUAACCUCAACAAAAAUCUUAUUCAAGCAAUAUCUGAUCGUAGAAACUUCAAAGAAUCUCUAGAAAAGCUUGAAAAUCAAUACAAAGAACUCACAGAGACCUAUGAAAGAGCCCGCUUAGACGAAAGAAAACUAGGCAAAAAAUUCGAAGUUGACGAAAGAAUUUGCAAAAACUGCCAAAAACCUUAUUACGAAAGCCAGAAUUUUAAUUGGUCUUGUAAAAGGCAUCAAAGCACAUGAAGUGGAGAAGUCUAUUGGUGCUGUGGCAAAAGAGAUAUAAAUGCUAUAGGCUGCCAAUCUUCUCACCAUGUGUCACGUGAGGAAGAUGAAGGUAAUAGCGAUGAACCAAAAUUUAAAUUUAAAAGAUGCUCGAGCUGCAAGGAAUAUGGGCAUGGCCCUCAUGAGUGCCCAAAAGACCCUAAUGCUCAAACUAAUAGAAAUGCGAUAGCUAUAGUUGAAAGGCAUAGGCAUUUGACAAGGAUUAAAAAAGGCCCUUCAACUAUGAACCUAAAUCAAGUGGCUAACCCCUCCAUCCUUGAUUGAACGAUCCGCAAUUACUCAGUCAAGAUGGAGAUUAUAUAAAAUUUCUAAAGAAAAUGUAUAUAUAAAUUAUUCUAUUAAUUCUCACAUUUAAAAGUUUCCCUAUAUCAAAUAUUUUUUAUGUGCUGUGAUAAGAUGCAAAGCAGAUUGCACAGUAGCGAUUAUACUGCAAAAUCUCUAAUUUUCAUUAUUAUCAAAUUCAAGUAUUUAGAUCUGAGGUAAAAGCAUUUAAGUGAAUUUGAUAAUUAAUUAUAUAAAAAUUGUUCAGUCAAGGAUUCAAAACUUACCAAAUUUUUAAUAGAAUCGUUUGAUCAAAAGCGGAGGAGUAAGGCAAAAAUGAUCAUGAGCGAAAGAUUGCAAGGAAAAGGCUUUGGAAAUCCUAAUGUAUCCACUCUAGAAACUGAAGAAACUGUGUUUGGUUUUGAAAAAGGAUUUAAUGACAUAAAAAAUUUAAAGAAAGAAGUUGAAUUUCAGCCAGAAAAGGUAAAUUGUAAUUAGAACUUAUUUAUAUUUACAUAUUCAUUAGGCAGCAAAAGUGGAAAAAAAGGAAAAAGUCUAAAUUCAAGCAGAAGCAGCACCCCAAAAAAUUCUGAAUUCCAGUCAUUUAGCAAGAGCAGAAAUGUAACCCCAAAAAAUAUUGAAUUUCAAGCCUUACAACUAAGCCGAAGCAGAAACGGGACACCUAAAAAUUACGAAAUCCAGACUAACGUUCGAUAUAAGAGUGAAUCUAUUUCACCAAAAACGAAAACCCCGAAAUCAGAAAAAUUUAUUUUUAGAUUUGGUGGAUAA